AUGGCAGGAUUCGUUGCAGCCUUCGCCAAUCCGUGCAACUAUAUCGGUGGUGUGAAUUUCAGUCCUAAGAAAGAUAUUCCGGAUCUGUCUAACAAAGUCGCACUGGUAACAGGCGGAAAUGCCGGCCUUGGUAAGGAAACUAUCCUCCAGCUAGCAAAACACAAUCCAAGCAAGAUCUUCCUUGGCGCUCGCUCGGAAUCCAAAGCUGUGGAGGCGAUCAAGUCAAUCAAGUCAUCUGUCUCGAACAAUGUUGAGAUCGUCUGGCUGCCUCUGGACUUGACGUCCACCAAGUCCAUUCGCAAUGCUGGCGAAAAGUUCAACUCCCAGUCCCAACGACUUGACAUUCUCAUCUUGAAUGCAGGUGUCAUGUCUCUUCCCCCGGGUGAAACAGAAAUGGGGCACGAGAUUCAACUUGGAACCAAUCAUACUGGUCACUUCCUCCUCACGAGGAUCCUACUGCCAACACUGCUUAAAACGGCUGAAGAACCUGGCUCCGACGUUCGUGUUGUGUCACUCUCUUCGGUCGGCCACAACCUUGCCCCAUCUUUCGAUACAAUUCUGGACCAGACAAAACUCAAGCAGGUCAACACCAAUGCCUGUUACGGCGCAUCAAAAGCCGCGAAUAUUCUUUUUGCUGCGGAGCUCAGACGCCGCUACCCGUCCAUAACCUCGGUAUCUGUUCACCCUGGUAUCAUCUUGACAGAUCUAUACGACCCCAUUAAUCAGAGUUCGCCUCUCAUCGCAUUGGGGUCAAAAUCAUUGCGCCUCUUUGGUUCUUCGAUUUCGCAGGGCGCAUGCAAUCAGCUGUGGGCAGCUGCUGGUGCGAAGAAAGAAGACCUUGUCAACGGAGGAUAUUAUGUCCCUGUUGGGAAUUUGAAACACCAUAACAGGUAUUCACAGAGCGAAGAGAUGGGCCGGCGUCUGUGGGAGUGGUCUGAAGCUGAGGCACAGAAAUGGGGAUUCUGA